GAAUGGAUGGCUGGGGAAUGUAUAAAGGCGCCGCCCACCCGACGUAGCAGGAGAGACGUCGAAAUCAAACCCACCGAUAGUUCACUGGAACUCCGCUGGUUGGUUUUGUGGAUGCUCCGGAUGUUACCGAUUUGACAGCACAAGCAAGUUUAAAUCCCAGUGCAGUUUGAGUUUUUACUAAACGUUGGACGUCAGGAAAUCUGAAACAUCAGGUGAAUUAAAUAGCCUACCACCAACGUUUAUAAACGUUAGCCGGUGUUUAUUCACAGCAUCGCCUGACAUCGUGUUUGUGUCACUCCGUGUUAUUUUAUGGUUGUCCAGUCAACAAGUAACACGUGCAUUGUAUUUCUAAUCUGUGCUGGAUUAUUUAGUCGCUUUAGCUAGAUGCAGCAGCAGGGCUGUUGUUUUUUUGCUAUCGUGGUUUUUAACAUUUUAUCGGCACGCUUUUCCUCGACCUGUAGACUACAUGCUAAAAUGUAAGAUAGAAACAUCACCGCUCUGCCCCUACCACACUAGACAUGCUAGUAUUUAGUUAGCAACCUAGCCGUGUGAACAUUCGUGUUGGGCAGACGUUUACUAGCCGUCGCGCUAACGUUAGCCAGGCUACGUUGCCACAACAAUGGACGACUCUGGUAUCAAGAAACAGAACUGGGACGUGAAGGAGACGGAGUUAUUUCUGGAAAUCCUCAAGGAGCUGGACAUGAAGAAAUGCUUAGACGGGAGGAAAGUGAGGAAUAACAAACUCUUCAAGGUGGCACACAGGAGAAUGACAGCGGCCGGCUACCACAGAUCUGUGGACCAAUUAAAGUUUCGCUGGAAACUUCUUAAAAGUGCGUACUACAAGUGCAAGAGAGAACCCAACUCUCCGGCACCGACCAAAAUACAAGGUUGGUGGCGGUAUGAAAAGACAAUGAUAGCUAUCAUGGAGUCCAGACACCCCCUGGUCGGAGCUGGGGUCAACUCUGACAGAAAUGAUGAAGUGACAGAGGACUCGGACGGAGAAGCAUCAAUGCUGCACUGGCCGCAGCCCUGCCCGGACAAUUCCACCCAGAACCUGGGUUUAAUUAUCAAAAUGGACCCUGAGAUGGACUCGCAGCUGAAGAUUGGUUUUAUUGGUGCAGGGAACAUGGCCUUCUAACGUCAAAGCUUUUUAAGAAGUGUUUUUUUUUUUUCUAUUUUUUUUUUUUUAAGCGUAAACGCACCAUCCUCCAGGAACCUAGGGCGCUUUCAGGAGCUCGGGAUUGCCGUCACUCACUCCAACAUAGAGGUGGUCUGUGGGUCAGAUGUGGUUUUUGUAGCAGUUAAACCUCACCUGGUUCCGCUAGUUCUCAAUGAGAUCUCACUACACGUCACUGACCGACACAUUAUUGUGUCUGUUGCAGCUGGAGUAACACUGGCAACAUUGGAAGAGCUCCUGCCAGAGAAUUCCGUUGCCAUCAGGCUGAUGCCAAAUCUCCCAUGUUUGGUUCAGGAAGGGGCUCUCCUGUUUGCAAGGGGAUCCCAUGCAAAACAGGAGGACGGAGCUAUUCUUCGCUCCUUGUUGCAUCGAUGUGGUUUGGUGGAGGAGGGACCCGAGGCCUGGAUCGACAUCCACACUGGACUGAGCGGGAGCGGCGUUGCUUUCGUGUAUCUGUUUGCUGAAGCGUUGGCAGAAGGAGCUGUUAAAAUGGGAAUGCCAAGUGCUCUGGCACACAGCAUCGCAUCUCAAACUGUUCUGGGUGCUGGGAGAUUGUUACGUGAGUCUGGAAAGCAUCCGGCUCAGCUCCGCUCUGAGGUCUGCACCCCAGGUGGAACAACCAUCUACGGGCUUCACACCCUGGAACAGGGCGGUGUGAGGGCGGCGACCAUGAGCGCUGUGGAAUCUGCCACCGAGAGAGCCAGAGAGCUAGGCCGAAAGUCAGCAGCAGGAUCCAGUAAAUGAGGGCUGCUGUUUGCCUGAAAUAUCUACUCAAUGGACUUACUUCAAGCCUGACAACAAACUGACUUUCUGGCUCAACUUCACUAUGGAACACAAAGACAAAGCAGCACUUGUCACUUUUAUUUAAUUUUUACCUUAAUUUUUUUCCCCUCCCUUCAACAACUGCAGUUUAUACUUGUUCUUGGUCUUUCACCAGAGGGAUUUGUUGUGAGCAAAAAGGAAAUCUUUAAUAACAUCGACGUAAGUGAAGUAAAUGAAUUGGUCAUAACCUUGCGAUUUAUUUUGAGAGACUGGCUUCUUUUACAUGCACACCAAUAAUCCAAUCUAUUCUGAUUUAUGCAGUAAUGCAAGCAACCAAAUUUGAUUACUCAAAUAUUUGUGGAUAUCGUAAUCACAAUAAGAUGCACACAGUGCAUUUAUUGAAGGCCAUGUUAGCCUGUGAACUUGAAUACAGAAGGAAACACUGAUGUCAUAGAGUAACGUAGAGAGGGAGACUUCAGACAUUAAUCAAACUAUACUCUGACGCAUCGAUCAGUCCAAGAAGCAACUUAUAUAAUAAGGCCUUGCUAGUCAUGAUUGGGUUAUGUGCAUGUAAUGUGGCGUACAGAAUGAAAGUAAAAUGUGUGGAUGUACUGGUAUUUAAUUCUAUUAAAAUAUAGUAUCUACAGGUGCUAUAUACGACAUUCAGAAAAUUAAUAUAGCAGCAAACUUGUGAGCUAACCCCCAUUAACACUGUUGGCUUUGUCAACACUGUUGCUGUUUGCUUGUGAAGUCAGAUGUGAGAGCCGUGUGGAGGUUAUCCUGGCCCACACUGUGAAUCUUGUAUAUAGCACCAUUUUCAUAUUUGACCAAAUGAAGCAUAAAACUUAAAUUUGGGAUGAUUUAAGAAUGAUAAUUGCUGGUAGUUUUUUUUUUUCCCAGUGUAGUUAACUUUUAGUAGCUAGCUUUGUGUAUAACACAAUGUUGAGAAAAAUAUUCAUGAUCCAUGAUGCCGAGUGUAGAAUGGGUUUUCAUAAAGUGUCCUUUGAACUGGA